AUGAGUAUUCCAAUUUUCCGUGACCAAGUGACAGAAGAAAGAGCUGAAAAUGCUCGUAUGUCAGCUUUUGUAGGGGCCAUCGCAGUCGGUGAUUUAGUAAAGAGUACAUUGGGUCCAAAAGGUAUGGAUAAACUUUUACAAAGUGCAUCUAGUGAGAAUGCAUUGGUUACCAACGAUGGUGCAACAAUUUUAAAAGCCAUUCCAUUAGAUAAUCCAGCUGCUAAAGUCUUAGUCAAUAUCAGUAAAGUGCAAGAUGAUGAAGUUGGUGAUGGUACUACAAGUGUGACCGUCUUGAGUUCCCAAUUGCUUAAGGAAGCAGAACAGUUAAUCGAUCAGUUCAAAAUUCACCCACAGACGAUUAUAGAAGGUUACAGAGAGGCAUCUAAAUCCGCAUUGAGAGCUUUGGAGAAAACAGCAGUGGACAACUCCCAAGAUAGCGAAAAAUUCCAUGCGGAUUUAACUCAUAUUGCCAAGACUACUUUAUCUUCUAAGAUUCUAUCUCAGGAUAAGGAUUAUUUUGCCAAACUGGCUACAGAUGCUAUUCUAAGAUUAAAAGGAUCGACCGAUUUGGAUCAUAUUCAAAUUUUAAAGAUUCCUGGUGGUAACUUAUCGGAUUCUUUCCUUGAUGAAGGUUUCAUCCUAGCUAAAAAAUUCGGUAACAAUCAACCAAAGAAAGUGACAAAUGCCAAGAUUCUCAUUGCAAAUACUUCGUUAGAUACGGAUAAGGUUAAAGUUUUCGGUGCUAAGUUCAAGGUUGACUCUACAUCUAAAUUAGCACAAUUGGAAAAGGCAGAACGUGAAAAGAUGAAGACCAAAAUAUCCAAGAUUUCUAAAUUUGGUAUUAACACCUUCAUCAAUAGACAACUUAUCUACGACUAUCCAGAACAGUUAUUCACAGAUUUGGGUAUCAAUUCCAUUGAGCAUGCAGAUUUUGAAGGUGUGGAAAGAUUAGCUUUAGUUACCGGUGGUGAAGUGGUAUCUACUUUUGAUGAUCCUAAUAACUGUAAAUUGGGUGAGUGUGAAUCUAUUGAAGAAGUUAUAAUCGGUGAAGAGUCCUUCUUAAAAUUUAGCGGUUGUAAAGCUGGUGAAGCUUGUACCAUUGUAUUAAGAGGUGCCACUGAUCAAGUAAUAAACGAAGCUGAAAGAUCUCUACACGAUGCUCUUUCUGUCCUAUCGCAAACUACAAAGGAAACCAGAACCGUUCUUGGUGGUGGUUGUGCAGAAAUGAUCAUGUCUAAGGCAGUCGAUACCACCGCACAAAAUGAAGAUGGUAAGAAAUCUUUGGCGGUAGAAGCCUUUGCUCGUGCUCUAAGGCAAUUACCAGGUAUACUGGCAGACAAUGCUGGGUUUGACAGUAGUGAACUAGUAGCAAAAUUGAGAUCCUCCAUAUACAACGGUAUGUCAACAUCUGGUCUAGAUCUGAAUAAUGGUGUCAUUGCAGAUAUGAGAGAAUUGGGUGUAAUAGAGAGUUUCAAAUUGAAACAAGCUGUGGUUAGCUCUGCAUCUGAAGCGGCCGAAGUUCUAUUAAGAGUGGAUAAUAUCAUUCGCGCAAGACCAAGAACCGCCGACAGACAACGCAUGUGA